AUGGAAGGCCAAAAUAGUUAUCUUAUGAGACUUAACUGUGGCGGUCCUCCGCUGCAAGUGUACGACUUCAAGACGCCGAAAUACCUCGACCGUGAAGAACCGGGCGUGUUCUGUGUGAGAAGGUGCAUCAAAUUCAGUGUGGGUAAGCGAGUGUGUGCUUUCAACAUAACUGAAAAAAGCAAAGAGGAUCGUGUAUACUCAGUAAAUAUCGACGUGACGGAACAAUCCGGUAAGGGUUCUUAUGCCAAAACGAGCAUGUGGUUCGGAAUGAAUAAUAGGUACGAUAUUUUGUGUAGCGUGCGUAGUAUGUUAUCUGGUUCAUAUGAAUUGUUUAGGCAGAAUUAUAGCGUGCCAACUCUGCCAGACAUAGAAAGUACGGGUUUCUUCUGUUCCAUGAGCGGUUACGGAAGUUAUUUCACUCUGGAAAAGAAGAAGUUGGAAAAGAGCGAAGUGGUGGAGAGAGUGAAGAGUACACACGACUUCCUGGUUGGCGGUGACGAAACGGUGAACGUGAAAGUGAAGAUAACAAACGACAAAAAAGUAGGGUUGCGUGUGGAGGUGGAGCGGCCAGUGAAGCUAACAUUGGAUUACUCGUGUCGUGUGUUUGAAAAAAUGGAGGAGAAGAUGGAAGAUGAAAUACAGAAGAAUAUGUUGUCGUUCUUAAGAAAUGCCACUGCGGAGCUUCCACCUGACGAGUCCCCCACUGACCCUUUCUCGCUCUACUAUUCCCAAAGCGGUAGGGUUAGGCAUAAAGAAAGUCUCUUCCAUGGUCAUGAAAGAAAUAAUCAGUUUUAA